AUGGAGUUGCACCAUGAUACUAGUGAUACUGGUGAUACUAAUAAUACUGGUGAUACUGGUAAUACUAGUGAUACUGGUGAUAUUGGUAAUACUAGCAAUACUGGUGAUACUGGCAAUACUAGUGAUACUGGUGAUACUGGUAAUAUUAGUAACACUGGUAGUAUUAGUAAAACUAGUGAAACUGGUAAUACUGGUGAUACUGGUAAUACUGGUGAUAUUAGUAACACUGGUAGUAUUAGUAAAACUGGUGAAACUGGUAAUACUGAUAAUACUAGUGAUACUGAUGAUACUGGUAAUACUGGUAAAACUAGUAAUACUGAUAAAACUAGCAAUACUAGUGAUACUGAUAAUACUAGUGAUACUGAUGAUACUGGUGAUAUUAGUAAUACUGAUAAAACUGGCGAUACUAGCAAUACUGAUAAUUUUUUGUUAUUUCAUAGGUACAAUCAAAAAAAAAUAGACAAAAAGAACCGCACCAAUGCAUUUACUGACGAAGAAGUACUUGAAUUGCAACAACUUUUGCAUUAUGACAAAGGUAUUGAUAAAAUUGAAAUGGCAAUAGAAUUGGAAAACUUUCUUUGCAGGUUUCUCAUUUGGCUGAAACGUUUGGAUAGCAAAGACUACAAAGCAGAGAGUAUACACAAUUGCUAUGCUUCUAUAGCUCAGUACCUAAAAGAAAACAGUGAAAUUAAGCCAUGGUUAGAAGAAAUGGAUCAGACAUCUGCGUUAAGUGCUAAAGAGAUUGUUCAAAUUCUUGACCAUGAUAAAAUGCAAACUAAUACUAAUGAAGGUUUAAUGAGAUGGAUAUUUUUUUGGCUGUUACUUUUUUGUGGUCUUCGCAGUGGUGAUGCUGAAAGAAUAAACUUUAAGGAUAUAUCAUGCCAUGAUGAUGAUGGGCUUUAUCUGACAUUUAAUCAUAAGAAGAAUAAUCAACGUAGAGCAUUAAAGCACAAUAAAUAUAAAAAAAGCUCUGCACGAAAGAUUCCUAUUCUACCUGAUAAUACUAAUAAUCAUUUUAAACCUAUACAAAACAUAUU